GUUGAUGCCCUGACGAUUUUUUGGCUAAAAAUCGUAAAUUCGCCAGCCCCUGGCAAGGGCUUUGUGCGGAAGGUGCGUAUCCCGUGAUAAGCCCGCGACUAUGUUUAAACCAUAGUGACCGUCAGUGGCAUGUUUCGCAAUUAAGGGCCCACCGGGAAAACCCAGUGAAAUCGAGUGUGCCCAUCGAUUUACGUGAAAGAAAGAGGCACCCAUGUCCGUGUCGUGUGUCUUGUCGGGGUGUUGGUGUUGUGUGCGGUGUCUGAAUUGUGCAUGGGACAUACGUGCGUGCAUACGUGCCGGUACAAUGCAACGCGUUUACAUCACGCAACAUACAAUCUGUCGAUCCUAGAUCCUGUUGCCCGGAGUGAAAACUGAAAUUGCCCGAGUGUGUUGAGAGUGUGAUAUUUGAGGCGUCAGAUAGAGAUUGCCGCGAGUAACUUGCAAUUUUUGAAUAGGUGCACGUUGUUCCGCGUGUCGGCACACGCGGCUCGCGCGUUAUCGAUGAUAGUGUCCAGGUGCGGGAACUACAUCCCUGCUUCGCUGUUUCGUUUGUGUGUAUGUGCAGUUUUACAGGGUUAGAUGUCUUCUUCUUUCCACGGUUUGCACGUUGAGCGUGCAUAGGCGUGUGCACGCGCGACACACGUCAUUGAUGUAUGUAUGCAUACGCGUACCCGUGUGUAUUUUCUACGGGUGUACAUGCGCGGGUUUGUUAACGUGCCUUUCUUCGUGUAUAUGCGUGCUCCCGUGCGGUACUUGUACGCAAACUGCAUGCCAUCGGAAUUUACGAAAAAGCACGCGAACUCUGUUCUGCUACGACGCUGUUGGAUGAGGAAAUCGAGACACACAGUAUUACACUCGCAUGCUCAUCGCUCCCCUCGUGGGAAUUGGAAACACGUACAAUAGCAUAUUACAAGGAAGGAAAAUUAAAAACCCUGACAUACAUAAAUUAUCAAUUAAUCAUCAAUUUUGUCAAAAUAUACGAAAUAUUAGUGAACAAACCAUAGAUAUUCCAGAUCUGCAUUAUGGUGUGACUUGUCAAAACACAUGGACUGUUCCCAGCAAUGGGCCAUUCAUACUUGGAAUUGCGCCAAAAUGGGCGCUAUCAAAUAAUUUCAUGCAGUGGGAUUAUAUACAAGAGUUGGUAGCACAUGGUGGUAUGCCAGAUAUACAUGGUUUAUGUCAGAAGGAGGAAAAUAUCAUAGGUGUGUCAGACACAAACUCAACAUAUGUUAAUCAAUUUACAAACUUCUUACAAUCAACAAACAACAGAAAAAUAGCAAAUUCUGAUACACAGAGAGCAACGGAUAAUAAUUGCUUAUCAGAAUUUUCAAAACACGAGUUUAAGAAUCACAAGGAAAGUUAUAGUACCUGUCAGAGUGACAAUAGCAAAGUAAAAACAAUUAAUUUACCAAAUACUAAGAGAGCAACAACUAUCUAUCAGUUUUGCAAAGACAACAGUGAAAAUUUGUGCGAGACGGAAACAGAAAUUGAUUAUCGUGAUAAAAAUCUUUAUUUGUCGGAACACCUAAACAAUACAUGGAAUAUUGCACAGCACAAGGCUUUAUCGAACAUAUUGAAACAGUGUAAAAAUACUUAUAACCUUCUUUGUGCUUCUGAAGAAGAACUACUUAAUUUAUCAAGAAACUUAGAAGACAGUAAAGACUGUUAUAAUACACAAAGUAGAGAUAAGAAAAAACUGUGCAAUUUCUCAGGCACAAAAGCAUCUUUGAAGGACAGUGCCAUCUUGAAUCAAUUAAAUCAUUCCUGUAACAUAGAAACCUGCUAUUAUACAAAGUGCAAGAAAAUAGAUUAUGGUUUAUUAAAAUUUUCAGAUUUGGAAAGUUCAUCUCGUGAUUUAGAAAUUGAUAAUACAUUAUUUAAAACUUUUGAUAAAUACUUGAACUGUAAAACUUUGCUUUUAUGCGAGAAACAAGAUACAGACUUUUCUUUUACACAUUUAUCACCGAGUGUUAAAGAUAUUAAUUUUAAAAGCGAAUCUUCUACAGAGGAAUAUACAAAUAAGUCAAAGAACAUCUAUUUUGCAACUGAUUGCAAACCAAUAUUAAGUAAUUGGGAGGAUUUCGAAAUGUCAGGACAGUAUCCAGGUCAUAGCCGACCUCCGGUUGGCACACCUCCACCACAGGCAGUCUGGAAUCAUCUUACAAUGACACAAGGUCAAGUUUCAGGCUUGAAUAUUCAUCCAACAGCACUGUCGGGUGCUGCCCUAAGUUCAGCUGGAUUUUAUACGCAUCCAUCUAUAGCUAGGGCGUCUCAUAUAACAUCACAACUUACGCCUCAACUUGCGCAUACUCAAGCACCUCCAACGUGGCAUACUCCAACUGUCCCCUCAAAAACUGUUACUCCAGCCAACACACCAGGAAAUCCUUUGUUUAGUUUACAAAUGCUGGUAGAUAAUAGGCAGAAUCAAAGUCAGUAUAGAAACUCACCAGGUUCGCAAAGUACGUUAGACUUAUCUUCUACGUCUGAAAUUAUUCCUGAAAAUUACUCACAAAUACCUCAAGAUAUUCCAAUAAGUUUGACUGCAAGAAACGUAGAUAAAAGUAGUAGAAAUGGAAAUAUUAUUUCUCCUCCGAUACCUUUGAACGGAGAAACUUCAUCGGAUAGUGGAAUUAGUUCAUCAGUUCCAACACCUAAUUCUGUCAGUGAGCCAGUUUCACUCUCGACAAAAGAAGUUAUAACACCUAAAAUAACGGUCAAAAACUUUGAAAGCAAUUUAAAAGGUGUCGCAAAUCUUCACGAUAAGAUUAAGGAAAUCAAUGUAGAUAAUUUUACGCAAAAAGUUAUAAAUUUACCACCUAGUGUAACAAUCGAAAGGAUAGUUCCGGACAAGAAAGAACCUGAGGUUAUGAAAAGUAAAGAUACAUUAAGUGUUAUUGCGCAAAUGCCAAGAAAUGUUCUACCUGUUAUUGUAAAUCUUACCUCUAAAGUGGACAAAGAUGUAACAGAUAGUCCAAAAAGAGAAUCGUCUUCAGAACGAGAUCGAAAGAUUGAAGAAACAAAUGUAAGGUCACCUAAAAAUUUACCAAAAAGAGGUAAAAAGGGUGUUGACUCUCUUUUAGAAAAAUUAGAAGGUGGCAAUAAAAAACUUGGCAGUGCUGAAAAUAUUGGGUCUGUUAUUGUAAUGCCAGUAGAAGAAAAGGAUACAUCGAGUGUUAAAAGUAUGUCUCCGGAUAGACAAAAAUCGAAAUCCCCGAAUAGAGAAGACGAGGUAGUAUCGCCAGCGUUCAGUAAUGACGAUUCUAAUGAUAAUACUAAACAACGCAGAAAACGAAAAUUAGAGAAGCCUGUACGGCUUAGUAAAGAUUCCAAAACGGAAGUGGAGGAUAUGGAAUUAGAGCCUACGGAACCAACAGAACCUAGAAUGAGUGAACCAAUACCAGAGGAGGCAACAAGUGCAACUUCAGUUGUAAAAUUAGAAGAAAAUAGUGAUUCGGUGGAGCAGAGAAUACCUGACAAAGUAGAAGAAAGCAUAGAAGAAAGAAGCGAAGAAAAUCAACCAAUUAGAAGGCGGAGAAGUAGUGAAAGUACGCCUCCUAGUUCAACUCCUUCGAAUCAAAGGGUCCGGAGAAAAUCUAGCGACGACGCUACAGAAUUUUCAAAAGUAACAAGUCCAAAAGGUGUAAAUAAUACAAAUCCGUUUAAUGAAGUUGAAUCAGAACUUGAGAAGAUGUUUGCUGGCAUUGUUGAGACAGAGAUAGAUGUCAAAAAGGAAGAAUCAAAAACAGAACUUACAGAGCCUGAGCUUCAAGCUGGAAGCACGACAAAACCUGAAAAUUUAGGAAAUAAUAUUCUGCAUACGAAAGUUUCACAAAAUGUAAACCCUACUGACGUUUCAUCCACGGUAGAUGCAAAAUUGUCUGGGAAGAAGGGGAAGAAAGCCAAAGUUCAAGGAGGUAAACGAAAAAUAUCAAGAUCUUCCGAAAAUAUUUUCGGAACUAUAAGCAAUGAUAUACCUCAGAAGGAAGUAAAAAAAAGGAAAAUGUCUAAAAGUUCAAAAAAACAAAACGUUUCAAAAAAAACGAAAAAAAAUACAAAAAUAGAUGGAUUAAGAGAAAUGGCAUAUGAUUCCGGUUCAAAUGCAAGUUCUAUUAGAUCUCGCGGACCGGUAGUUCAUGUUGAAGGUCCAAGAGACAGUCCAUUAAGCAUUCAAGUAGUUAAUGCACCAAGGGAGGAGGAAGAGGAAAAAAGUAAAGAAAAGCGAAAGAAUGUUGGAAAUGGUAGCGCAGGGAGAAGCAAGAGACUCAGUCAUCAAAACGAUUUAGACUAUAGGGGUAAAGUCAGUAGAGCGGGUCUCUUUAGUUCAACAUUAUCGUCGCGUUAUGAUGCACAUACAACAGAUUCCACAUGGGUUUGCGUAUUUUGUAAACAAGGUCCUCAUUCUGUUAUACCUGGGGAUCCUUCUCGACCACAUCCUAAUUUGGCUGGACCUCACAUAGCACCAGGAACUUACACUGUUCCAGCAGGUGUUUUAAGUGAUUUAUUUGGACCUUAUUUAAUUGGUAAAGAACGUUUAGAAGAUGGAAUUCUUUCAGCCGAUGAACAAGAGAUUACUAUAGAGCAAAAAAAAGGUGGUAAGAACAAAAGAAGUUUGCGGUAUGCUGGACUAGCCGAUCAGUUCACUGCAAAAAUGGGUAAAAAGAAACGAAAUUCCGUUGAAAGUAAUAGUAAUGCCAUUUUUACGGGAAUGACUGUACUCCCGGGGGAAGAACAACGUUGGGAAGUGUGGCUUCAUGAACAAUGUGCUGUUUGGGCAGCUGGAGUAUAUAUGGCAGGUGGCAGAGUAACAGGUUUACAAGAAGCAGUGUGGGAUGCAGCGAAGUCGAUAUGUGACUCUUGUGGUUUAACAGGAGCAAAUAUUGGCUGUGUUAAACGAGGUUGCAAAGCAGUUUCACAUUAUCCUUGUGCACUAACAAAAGGUUGGCACUUAGAUACUAAUCAGUAUAUACCGAAGUGCAAUCUGCAUCGAGUUACGUGAAACUUCGCAUUUAACAGUUUUGAGACGUUUUGAAAUUACGCUUUGCAUCAUUUGGUGCAUAAGUGUGUUUGAAGUGUGAAAGUAUAAAUGUCAGAACAGAUAUAUGGUAAUUUGCAUACACAAAAUAUCAAUAUGCUCGACAGAAAUACCUUCCAAUGUACAAGAUGUUCAAACGCGAAUGCUGUUAUUGUCUUUAAGAAUUACAAACGAAAAUGAAGAAAUGGAAGUUCUUCUUGUUAAUUAAAUUUAAUUAAUUUUCUUGGCCUGUGGCCUUGAACAGUGGCCUUUUCGACCUAAUAUAAAAGCAAGAUUUUUUAAUUUAAAAUCUGUAGUAUAGACGAGUCGUUACUGAGGAACAAUGUUAAUCAAAAAAGUAUUUGCUUUUUUACUCAUAUUUAAGAAACAUUGAAAGGUUACAAAUUUCCCCCUAAAACAUCAUGUACGCCGGAAUAAAAUAUAGGGCAUAUUGUACCAAAAUUUGAAGAAAAAAUCAGAAUAUGACAAAAGUAUGAAAAAGCAUAGAGUUCCCGUUAAGAAUCAUAUGCAUGUAUAUAAAAUGGGAUGGAUUAUUAAUCAAUUAAAUUGCUGGAGUUUGAACACUAUCAACAUUUUUCAUAAGAAGUGUGAAUAAGAAACAUAUAGACAAGUGUUCUCCUGUGAAUGUAAGAAAUCAUCUGUAAAUAACAAAGUUCUUAUGUGAGAAAAUGACUAUUAUAUUAUUAUACAAUUCCAAUGAUACUACAAGACAUUCUUCCGUUUAUAAAAAUCAUGCUAUUUUAGUAAGCAUGUGUAGUUGUGUUCUUUAUUGCGCGAAAAUACAUUUUAGUGUAAUGAUACUUAUUUCUAUUAUAGUUUUUUGAAGAUUAUUUGUGACAUAUAAAUCUGAUAUAGGUGUAAAUAAAUAGAAUUUCGCUCAUAUAAUAUUUUUGUUUAUUUCUUCACCUCGUCUUUUAUAAUUACGUGUUGAAAUCAUUUGCAUACCUAAAGAGAACGGGCUCACAUGUUUACUUAAAGAGGACACUUGUAACACUUGUAAUUAUUGUUAUUAAUAUAAACAACUCCAAGAAGAGAACGUACAUUUGUUCCAUAAAUAUUAGCUUCUGCUUUUCUGGCGUGUAACGAUUAUAACUUCACUGUCUACUAUAAUUUAUGAGUGUGAAACCAGUAAUUAAGAUUUAAUAGUACUUGUACGAUUUAGUGAUUAAAUUAAUCGCUACUUAUAAAAUUUAUGGUAAUUGCUACUGAUUUAUAUAAUUUUUUCAUAUUAAUAUUAUUGUAGUCAUCUGCGCCGUCAUUACUGUCACUAUCAUUUUCAUCACAUUUUGUAAGAAUGUAAAAGAGGCAAGUUUUUGUAAUAACAAAUGUAAGAACAAUGAUAAGUAUUGAUUCUCUUAAUGUAUCAGGGAGAAGUAGUAAAUAUCAGGAAAAUUGUAUAAAAAUAUAUAGAAUAAAGUGUACAUAACAUUAAUUUGAGUAGACAACAAAGAAAUAUACAUAAUACACAUCAAUAAAUAUGAUAAAAAUAAUUAUCACUCUUCCUAGAACACGGAGUACAGUAAAGUAAAAAUAAUGAUUUUUAAAUACUAAUUAUAUAGAUACAAAAAUUAAAUUGUCAAAGGGAAAAUAAUUAUUUGUACAUAUAUAGCAUAUAUAUUAACAAAUGUCUUGUAAAGAAAAUUUGAAGAACAUAAAAAAGCAUUUUAUUUAGGGAAGCAUAGUAUAUCUGUUUUAAUGUAUGACGACAAGCGGUUUACAUAAAAAGUAAACGUAUUUGAGUUUUUCUUAAACUCCUUGAGACAUGGCUCACUAUUCUUGUGUGAAGGGCAGUCUUUGUAAAAACAAGUAACAAGUACAGUAAAAAAUACUACUUAGAUAUAAUAAGAAAAAUUGAAUUGUAAACAAAACGCUUAUAAUAUACAAUUAUGUAUGAAAGGGAAACAAAAUUCUAUCUUAGGCGAGUAAUUGUAAUAUUAAUAUUUGUGAUACAAAAAAUUUCUGGACAGAAUAGUGUGAUGAAUAAUUCCAAUAUAUUCUUAUGUUACAUUCUAACUUUGCGUACAUAGAGCACUUCUCACAUCUCCAUGUACAGUUUAAUUUUAUAUUAAGCCGUUUUAGUACUGUAUACAUACUUAGUCCAUUCGUGGAGAAAUAAAAUCGAGAUAUUAUAUACAAAAGAAUGUUGAAGAUUUCAGAAUCCUCUCUGUACGCAUAGGUUAUUAAUAUUUAACGAAUUUUGAAAGUGACGUAGAAAACGUUUCACGACCUGUCUUGUAUAAAUGCUGAAAGCAUUUGGCUUGUAAAUUGCGGAAAAGAUAAUUUAAAGCACCGAAAUAAUUAAGCGCAAUGAAACUUGAAUAUCAUCAUGCCUAAGUAAUUUGUAUAAAAUAUAGAUCUGUAAAAUAAAAUUGUCGCAUCGUGAUAUGUGGUGAGAGAGGUACGGUAGUAAUGAUCGCGAAUUAAAAUCAACAAAAAUAGUGUAUCUACCCUUCCUUUUCUGUUCAAUUCUCUCUUAUUUUUUUUUUUUUGUUUUAUUUCCUUAUUCCUUCUCAAAGUCGAUUAUAAAUGUAUGUACGCAAUUUUUGUGACCUGGUUUAGUAUCAAUAAGUAGUAGGACAAAUAUCGGUUUUACUCUACUUACUACUAUGAAACGAUAAAAAAAAAAAUUCGCGGAAUGUAUUUAAAAUCGAUACAAUAAUAUAGUUACGUAUACAUCUUUGUGUAAUAUAAAUAUAAUGAAUAAUAAAUCAUGAUGUCACAAGUCGGAAUAACGGACAGUUUCGAAAUAGCCCUUUAAAUAUUACGUACAUGUAAUAAAUUUACAAAAUACAGAAUUACAGUACUCCUACCCUAACUUUGAUUCCAUUAACAAAGUACAAAGAAUACGCAAAUUUUGA